AUGGCGGAGAAGGACCCCACGGACGAGAGCUCUGGUGAGUUCAGUAUUUUCCUUGUGACUUUGUGUUGCAAGGAAUUUACAGUGGUCAUGGAUGACACAGUGCGGGAGCUUAAGGCCAAGCUGAGCGCACAGGACUCCUCCCUGAUCCCCGAAAUGGGAAUGCUGCUCUGCAAUGGCAGAGAGAUGGAGGACAACCUGACCAUGCAACACUAUAAAAUCACACCCCACUGCUUUUUAUACGAGACAGCAAUGUUGCAAGGUGGUGGUGGACACGUGAGAGUUCUAUCUUUAGGUAAGGUCAUGCCCGGUGCAGUGAGGCUGGUGGAGCUGCAUGGUGCCGCAGACUUAGAGCAAUGGAGCCUUAUGACAAGGACUGGCGAAUCUCUGAGAGCUCAGGCCUCAGAGAGCACAGAGGUGCAGUCUUCCAGGGAGAGACAUCAUCCUCCAAGGCUGGACUCAGGACCGCAGGGAAGCUGCCUGCGCUGCAUGCGGGAGCGUUUUCAAGAAGUGAUGCCAGAGAUAACCCAAGACCAUUUGAAGGACCGCAACAUGUACCGAGCUCACCUCCCUGGUGCAGGCACCUUCCAGUGCUCCAUCACAGGCCUCAGCUUCAAGGUGAAGUCGGCAGUGACCAUCACCUACAGAUAUGCCAGCUGGACCAGUCACCUGAGCAAGGCUGACCAGGAAACAUGGGUGCCCGCUGGCCCCCUCUUACACAUCACGGUGCAGCCUGGUGUGGUGCGGGCAGUGCAUCUCCCCCACUUCAUCUGCCUGGCAGAAGAUGUAAAUGCCAGCCUGUGCUCCAUUGCCCAUUUUAAAUCUGGGAAGAUGACCCUGGAGAGACCGACCAGGCUGAUUGCUUACUCUGCUGUCCUGGAGAAUCCCAGCUUCUCACUGCUUGGGGUGCUUUGGAGGAGGUUACGUUCAACCUUGUAUUUAUUCCCUAUGCACUCCUGGGUGCUGAUCUUCCAGCAGCUCAGUGCUGCAAAUACAACUCUCCACCUCUACCUGAUCCCAGAUGACAUCUCUGUGAAGAAG